UGAAAAAAAGACCACCGACUGGUAAAUAAUAGUUCUAUUAAUAAAAAUGUGGAUAACUGGUGAUGUUAAUGCUGUCCGAGCUGUUGAUUCACCAUUUGCAGCAAAACCUUAAAUUUUCGUGGAAAUAAUGGAAUUUAAGUGCAGCUCUGUGGGCAUCUUGUACCUUUGCAUCUUGGCAACCUGUGUAUCAACCGGUAAAGCUCUGGAAUGUUACGCUUGUAACGUUUCCAGUUCUACUUGGGACCAGGAUGGCUGUUAUGGCAUUGGUUCUCUUCGAAAAUGCCCUGGAAGCAGCGUCUGUUUAGCUGCAACAUAUGAGAUUAAAUCCGGAAUUGUGACUUCAUUCACCACGAUGCAGUCCUGUUUUCCCGACAUGGGAGGAGAAGAAUGUGGAAAUUUCAUCAAAGGCCAAAAGGAUCUUCAUCGAACGGCCACAGUAACUCCCAACACUUGUUAUGCUUGUAGUGAGGAUAAUUGCAACAAAAGAACAUCAAAACCUAACGGCGCCCCCACGUUUAAAGUGAAUUUUUUCGUAGUUUUUGCUGGCUUACUAAAUUUUCUUUUGGUUAAAUUAUUCGUCUAAUUAAACAGUUGUUAAAUGGUUAAAUAAAUUAUGGUUUUCUG